CCGAGGAGAGAGGGGAACAAGUGUCCAGGAUGAGGCUGCUGCUACGCUCUUCUCUCGGCUGCUUGGUGACAACUUUCGGGUCCUUUUCCGCCUCUCGGAACAAACUCCUCACACACGUUGCGGCUGUACCUCAUCUGUAUAAUUUUAGAAAAACGAUGCACUUUCAAAUCGAAGAGAGAGGACACCCUAAUUCUCCCGACUACCGGAUUUAUUUUAAAACUUCUGAAGGGAAAUACAUUUCACCAUUCCAUGACAUUCCACUGACAGCAGAGCCAGAGCAGGAUAAUGAUUUGCCUGCUAAAAGACCGAAGAAGAAUGACAGUGAGGUGCUCUUCAACAUGGUUGUGGAGGUACCUCGAUGGACAAAUGCUAAAAUGGAGAUUGCAACAAAGGAACCUUUAAACCCCAUCAAACAAGAUGUCAAGAAAGGCAAGCUGCGAUAUGUUGCCAACAUAUUUCCUCAUAAAGGUUACAUUUGGAACUAUGGGGCAAUCCCACAGACAUGGGAGGACCCAAACCACACAGACAAAGACACUAAGUGCUGUGGUGACAAUGAUCCCAUUGACGUUUGUGACAUUGGCACCCAGGUGUGCUCUCCAGGUCAGGUGAUUAAAGUAAAGGUGCUCGGCAUCUUGGCCAUGAUUGACGAGGGAGAAAUGGACUGGAAGGUCAUUGCUAUCAAUGCUGAUGACCCAGAUGCCAAAAACCUAAAUAGUAUAGAGGAUGUCCGCAAAAGCAGGCCUGGUCAUUUAGAGGCCACCGUCGACUGGUUCAGGAAAUAUAAAGUGCCUGAUGGAAAGCCUGAGAACCAAUUUGGGUUCAACGGACAAUUCAAAGACAAAGACUUUGCCGUUGAGAUCAUUAAGUCCACCCAUGAGCACUGGAGGGCACUAGUGCAGAAGAAGACGAAUAGUGGAGGGAUUGAAUGCAAAAAUGUCUCUUGUUGUGAGAGUCCUUUCAAAUGCAGUACUGAUGAAGCCAGAGAUGCCGUCCAAUCGUCCCCUCCUAUUGGUAAACCACAUCUGGUGCCUCCAGAAGUGGACAAGUGGCACUUUGUCUGAAUGACUGUGAAGCACUGAAGACAAUAUGGAAACCAGCAAAAAACAUCUUUACACCUUAUGAAGCACUACCAACACUGCUUCAUCAUUUGUAUGCAGCUGAAUUUAUUUUUUGGUAAGAACUACUGUAAUUCUCAGCUGGCAUAUCAGUUACCAUCAAUGUGUAAAACUAAAAGGGUAAUCACAUGGAUAACAAAAGGAUCAGUGCAUUGACAAUAUAAGCAGCUGAAAAUGACUGAAAUCUGUUUUGAUUAUGUUGAGUUUUGAACCAGAGAUGAAAUGUAUUACUAAUAUGACCUAUUUAAAGGCAAUGCCCUAUUUUUCUCUAAGACUAUUGUCAGUUUGUGCUUGUAACCACAACUAUGACACAAUUUGUAUGUAACAAGUAAGCAAUUUCUUCUUUGGGUAAAUA